AUGGCAUCACUAGUAAGGUGUCAUAAAUGUAAAAAAGACGUGAAUAUAAAAAGUACCGCUUUGUGUUCCGCAUGUGAAAACAGAUAUGAGUUUGAUUGCGAUGGUUAUCCAGAACCUACAUACCGACUCAAAGACCCAGAAGCAAAAAAAAAAUGGAGAUGCAAGUUAUGUAUUAGAAAUAAAAAAUAUGCUAUUAACGAGGGAGUUUCCAACAUUACCGUAAGGAAGAGGCAGAAUUGUAUUAAAAGCCCGUCACCAAUAAAAAAAAUACCAAACACAAAGAAAGGUUCUGCCGAUAAUACGUCGAAACGUCUGUCUGCAACUCAAAGUGAUGCAAAAUUAUUUGACUCUCAUAUACUCACUGACUGCGAAUCAUAUGAUGAAUCGUAUACCACUUCUAAUAGACUAUCGAGAAGUGUAGACAGAACUGUAACAGACUUGGUCUCCGUCUCGGAAAUGAAGGAAACUAUAGCUCAACUUACACUUCAGCUGGAAAGUACAGAAAAUGAACUAGGUAACAUAUUGCUAGAAAAUACCGAACUACAUAAACAAAUAAAAAAGUUAUGCACAGAAAAUGAUACUCUGAAAUCCUUGUGUCAUUCUUCAUCUAUAUUCGGAUAUCCGGGUACGAGCUCUAAGAAAAAGAAGCACGCUCUGUCACAACCACACUACGUGCAUUCUACGCCAUCGUCUCCAUCGUCAUCCACAUUGAACGUGGAGGUUACUGAUCACGUAAAUGUAUUGCGCCUUCAACAGGAAAUCCUAAACCUACAACAGCUAUUACAGACCGCUGAGGGGGAAAUUUCAGCUCUCACUGAACGUAUUACAAUAUUGAUGCAAAGUCAAAACACAUGCGAUCUCCGCAUUCAAGAAACGGAACGGAAUCCGGAUUGUAUUGCAACCUGCAGUGGCAAGCAAAGGCAAACUGUAGUUUCCGGAAAAAAAAUACAUAUUAUCGGUACUCAACGUUGCGUCGGGUUGGCUGCAGCCUUGUCCCAUUCAAGGGCAAAUACACAAUAUGAAAAGUAUCAACUCUUUGCUCUAACUAAACCGAAUGCACCAUGUAGCGAAGUAUUAUCCAACUGUAGAAAUGUAAAACUAACAACAGAUGAUAAAGUUGUAAUUUGUAUAGGUGAAAAUGACCAUAACAUAAGUAUUAUUUUGUCCCAAUUGAGAGAUAUAUUGGAUAUAUUUAGUAAUAAUACUAUAAUUGUAUUAAAUGUCGUAAAUAAUGUUUUCCUGAAUGUCAAUAAAAUAAACAAUUCUAUAAAUAAAUUAUGUAGUAAGUAUAAAAAAUGUCACUUUGUAAACCAAAUAAGCACCAAAUUGUCUGAUAUUUGUAGGUCAAUUAAUUUUGUAAUAGAUUAUAGUGACUAUGAAUAUAAAUAUCUAAACCCGAGCGAAAUUCGAAAGAGAAUAGCAAGUGGCAAGUCUAGUGUUAAACUGAACAUUGAACCAAAAAAAGGGACAAUUCCCUACUACUUCACGAAACAAAGUCAGAUUGAAACUGUUAGGGGUCCUAAAAACAAUAACCUCAUGCAACCCAAUACAAAUAUUCGGAAAGGAACUAUACCGUAUUAUUUUCCUGCAUUAAAUAAGUGCGAAUCAUUUUUUCGUAACUAA